AUGCCACUUAUUCGCAAUCCCAUUCUGCCGGGGUUCAAUGCCGACCCUUCAAUUGUAAGAGUCGGCUCGGACUACUACAUUGCCACCUCGACCUUUGAAUGGUAUCCAGGGGUCCAGAUUCACCACUCCACGGACCUGGCCAACUGGGAGCUUGCGGUCCGUCCCCUGAGCCGCCGCAGCCAGCUUGAUCUGCGAGGAGAGCCAGACAGCUGCGGCGUGUGGGCGCCGUGCCUGACGCACGACGGCGACAAGUUCUGGCUCGUGUACACGGACGUGAAGCGCAAGGACGGCUCGUUCAAGGACACGCACAACUACAUUGUCACUGCGCCGAGGAUCGAGGGCCCCUGGUCUGACCCCGUCUACGCAAACUCGUCCGGGUUCGAUCCGUCGCUCUUCCACGACGAUGAUGGGCGCAAGUGGUUGGUCAACAUGGUUCAGGAUCAUCGAGCGCGGCCGAGGACAUUUGCGGGCAUUGCUCUGCAGGAAUUUGAUCCGGCGCAGGGCAAGCUCGUCGGAACUCGCAAGGUUGUUUUCCACGGCUCGGAACUCGGCCUCGUGGAGGGACCUCAUUUGUAUAAGAGGAAUGGAUGGUACUACCUCCUGACUGCUGAGGGAGGCACGGGGUAUACUCAUGCUGCGACGCUUGCACGGUCUCGAAGCAUAUGGGGUCCUUAUGAGCUUCACCCGCAGCAGCACAUCUUGACCUCGAAAGAUCAUCCGUUUGCGGCACUGCAGCGAGCUGGACACGCGGAUAUCGUGGAGACAGCGGACGGGAAGACGUAUCUGGUGCACCUUGCCGGACGGCCGAUCGGGCAGAAGCGGAGAUGUGUCUUGGGACGAGAGACGGCUCUGCAAGAGGCUUACUGGGGAGAGGAUGACUGGCUGUACGUAAAGAACGGCCCGGUUCCGUCGCUGGACGUUGAAGUGCCGGGAGUGCGGGACGAGGAGGCGUACUGGAAGGAGAAGCGAUAUGAAUUCCACGAUGGCCUUCACAAGGACUUUCAAUGGCUGCGGACGCCUGAGCCGGAGAGGCUGUUUGCGAUUGAAGACGGCAAGCUGGUGCUUACUGGAAGAGAGUCGAUUGGAUCAUGGUUCGAGCAGUCCCUUGUUGCGCGGAGACAGACGCACUUUUCGUUUGACGCCGAAACGGUUAUUGACUUUUCGCCCGAGGACGAGCGUCAGUUCGCCGGCCUGACGCUGUACUACUCUCGAUACAACUUCUUCUACCUUGCCGUGUCGGCGCAUUCCGACGGCCGGCGCGAGGUCCAGAUCCUGCGGUCCGAGGCGUCGUGGCCUAACGGGAAACUCGAGGAUGUCGGAGCGAAUGCAUGUUACGUGCGCAUCCCGCAGCAGGGAAGAGUCAAGCUCGCGGCCACGAUCCGAGGUGAAAGGCUGCAGUUCUAUUAUGCUCUUGUCGCGGAGGGGGGCGAAGAGCAGGAGGAGCUGCAGAGGAUUGGGCCGGUGCUGGACGCGUCGAUUGUGUCGGAUGAGUGUGGUGGGCAUCAGGCGCACGGGAGCUUCACGGGGUCUUUUGUUGGGGUUGCUUGCUCGGAUGUGAAUGGGACGGAGAAGAGGGCUGUGUUUGAUUACUUUGUGUAUCGGCCUGCGCAUGAUUCGACGGAUCGGUAUAGUGUGUCGAUGGAGGGGAUUCAGAGGGUUUGA